AUGGUUGAUAAUAAAUUAUCAAAUAAUGAAUUCCAAAAAAAAAAUGAAGAAAUGCUAUGUAUAAAAAACAUUAAUGCAAAAAAUGAUGUAGAAUAUGCAAAUGAACUUAGUGUUCUUCCAUAUGUUUCGGAAAAAUACAGUGUAAGCAUAAGAAAAAAAAAAAUUGAAGCAGCUGGAUUUAUGUUCUAUAUUAAAUAUGAAAUUGCAUUAUUAAAAGAAAAAAGGAAAAAGUCAAAAGAUAAUAAUAGAUAUACGCAUAUUGAUGAAAUAUUUUUAUAUAAGGAUAAAAUAAAUUACAUAAAUGAAAUUAAAAAGGCGGAAGGCGGUGAUAACAACGAUAACGGUAAUAACAAUAACAGUAACAACAACAAUAAUUGUAGUAACAACUAUAAUAAUAAUAAUAAUAAGGAUGAUGGAUAUAUGAAAAAUGAAAAAGGAAAAAAACAUGAUGAUACCUACAAUGACAUGGUAAAUGAUGACAAAAACAGUAAAAAAAGAAAAGAAAAAGAAAGUUUAAAAAAAAGCUCAAAUUUGGUUAAAAAAUGUAUAAAUAACAAUAUAAAUGUUUAUGAAAUAUUAAGUGUAGAUGAAUCGGAUGAUUUAGAAACCAUUAAAUCAACGUAUAAAAAAUUAAUCUUAAUAUUUCACCCAGAUAAGAAUAAAGGUACAUCUUUUUUAAAUGAAAAUGAAAAAAAAAAGAAGAGAGAAAAAAAUAAUAAAAAUGAUAAUAAUACAGACACAAAAAAGGAUUUGGUAUAUUAUAUGGAAAAGUAUAAUAUAGAAAAAUUAACAGAAGAAGAAAAGAAAUUAAUGUUCUUAAAAAUUCAAGAUUCGUAUACUAUUUUAUCAGAUAAAAUUUUGAGAAAACAAUAUGAUAGUUCUGUCCCCUUUGAUGAAUAUAUACCAACAUUAAUUGAAUUAGAAGAAGCUUCAAAUUUUUAUGAGUUUCUAAGACCAGUUUUUAAAAGAAAUGCAAAAUGGUCGGCUAAAAAGCCUGUACCCGAUAUAGGAGAUGAAAAUACACAUAUAGAAAGUGUAAAAUAUUUUUAUGAUUUCUGGUAUAAUUUUGUUAAUUGGAGGGAUUUUUCAUAUCAAAAUGAAUAUGACUAUGAGGAGGCUGAAUGUAGAGAAGAAAGGAGAUGGAUGGAAAGAGAAAAUAAAAAGAUUCAGAAAAAAGCCUCAAGAGCCGAAAAUUUAAGAAUUAUCAAAUUAGUCGAUUUAGCUUAUAAUAAUGAUCCUAGAAUAAUUGCUGAAAAUAAGAGAAUUAAAUUAGAAAAACAAAAAAAAAAAGAAUUAGCCAUGUUAGAAAAACAGAAGAAAAGAAACGACUCUUUAUUAAUAAAUGAAUUAAAAAAAGACAACACAAAUACUCAGGUUGUUUCUUCAAAAGAAAAGAUUAAUAAGGAUAAUAAAGCUGCUUUAAAAAUAUGGAAACAUCAUAUUAAAUCUGUAUGUAUAACUAAAUUAUCAAAUCUUGUGAAUUCUGAUUUGAUACAGGAAAAAUUAGCUACAUUGUCAUUUGAAACUUUAUGUGAAUUUAUAUAUGAAAUUUAUGUAUUCUUAAAUUUUAAUUUUCAAAAAGGGGAUGUAUUAUCUCCUAUUCAAAAGUUGAAUAAUAAAUCUUCCGACAAAUUAAAUAAUUUUUCAUAUGCAAAAAAGAGUGCGGUAAAUAAUGAAAAUAAUAAAAUACCUAUUACUAACAGUAUAAACGGAAAUCUGCUUAACAACAUAAAGAUGAAUAACUACGAUAAUGAGAAGAACAAAUUAAACAAUGUAAAAAAUAAUAGUGAUAUGUGUUAUAUUGAUACGAUAGAUGAAAAUGGUAUAACUAGUAGUAAAAAUGUAACUAUGCUGAAACGAGAUAAUGAUAAUAAAGAGGAGAAUCACAGUGGUUUUAAUAGUAGUAGUAUUGGUAGAGAUAAUAAUAAUAAGAAGAAGAAUGAUAAUAAUAAUUUUGAUGGUAGUGAUAUGUACACACAUAGUAGUGCGCAGUAUUACAGGGAUGGUAACUCAGGAGUAGAUCGAACUGAUCGUGGCAUAUCAAACUUUAUUAUCAAAAACGAAGAAGAAAAAGAAGAGGAGAUAAAGGAUAGCAAUUUAUCGUAUUCGGAUAAAACACUAAACAAUUUAGAAUAUAAAAAGGAACAUCCGUUUUAUGAAAAUGAUAAUUCUAAAACAAACACUGAGGAGAAGAACAAUAAUGAAAAUUAUAAAUAUAAAAAAGCUGUUGGAAAAAAUAAUAUCUCUAACAACACAGAUGGUAUUUAUAGUAGUAGUAAAGGUACAGGGUUCAUAGGUCAUCUAAAAAGUGUAGAAUUAGAUGAAAAGAAUAUAGAAGUGUUAAUACAAAUAUUUAAAAAAUAUAUAAAGGAUUUUAAUUGUAUUAUAAAAAAGAGAGAAAAAGUAAACACCCAAGAGGGUUGCAAUUUAAGAAGCAAUAUUGAAAGUAAUAUUUAUUCGGAAGGAAUGGAGAUCAGAAAUAAUAUUAUUAAAACAAAACCAGAUGUAGAUGAAAAAAUGAAUGCAGUUAACCAUGAUUCAAAAGAUAAUUACGGAAAUGUUGAAAAAAAGGACGGUACAAAUGAUGAAAAAAGGAAUAAUGAAAAUUUUGAAAAAAACAAAGAAUUAGAUGUAAAUAGCAAAUGGACAACGAAUGAAAUUUCCUUACUUACCAAAGCUCUGAAAGCUUACCCAGGAGGUACCAAAAACAGAUGGAUUCUUAUAACAAAUACGAUAAAAACCAAAAAUGUUAAAGAAGUUUUAAAAAAAGCAAAAGAAAUGUUUGAGAAUGAAACUUUAAAAAAUCUGAGUACAAAAAUUGAAGAAACGCCAUUUGAUCAUUUCAAGAAUCAGAAUAAGGGAGUAAUGAAAAAAAUUGACGAUAACUUAGAUAAAAGAGAAUCAAAAAUCGAAAAUGAAGAAGCAAACGCUGAAGAAGAAGUAGAAACAGAAGGAAAAAAAUUAAAUAAUAAUAUAAAUGGAAAUAAUAAUAUUGAAGGAAAAAAACCGUGGACCCACGAAGAACAAUUUUUAUUAGAAAAAGCUUUAAUGAAAUAUCCUGCAUCCAUACCAAUAAAAGAAAGAUUAAGAUUAGUUUCUUCUGAAAUAAAAACUAGAUCAAUUGAUGAAGUUAUAUUUAGAAUGAAAACAUUAAGAGCUCAGAUAUUAGCUAAGAAAUCUGCAAAAUAA